UUGGUUUUCUGCAAUAGGUGUGCACAUUGAAGAGGAGGAACAGGAAGAAGAGGUGGACACUUCUCUCAGUGGGCGCCUACGCAGACUGGUGGAAAAAGUUAAAAGCUUGCGAAAAAAGCCAGAAGCUGAGCCUGAGCCUGAAGAAGAUAAAAAACCAAGUACUCUGCAGGAGCUGAUCUCCCACACCAUGAUCUACUGGGCUCAAGAGUCUUUCAUCCAGAACCCUGAGCUGGUGCGCCUCAUGUUUAGUCUGCUACACCGGCAGUAUGACGCUUUGGGUGAGCUGAUUCGAGCUUUGCCCAAAGCUUAUAUCAUUAAUGCUGUUUCUAUACAAGACACAAUGGAGCUCCUGGAGUGUCUGGGACAGAUACGCUCCUUGCUCAUCGUUCAGAUGGGACCAGAGGAAGAGAGGCUGAUGAUCCAGAGUAUCGGAAAUAUUAUGAGUAACAGGGUAUUUUACCAGCACCCCAACUUGAUGAGAGCUCUGGGAAUGCAUGAGACAGUCAUGGAGGUUAUGGUGAACGUACUCGGAGGCGGAGAUUCCAAGGAGAUCAGAUUCCCUCGAAUGGUCACCAACUGCUGUCGUUUCCUGUGUUAUUUCUGUCGUAUCAGCAGACAGAAUCAGCGCUCGAUGUUUGAUCAUCUGGGCUACCUCCUGCAGAACAGUGGCAUUGGGCUGGGAAUGCGUGGCUCCACUCCUCUUGAUGUUGCUGCUGCUUCCUGUAUCGAUAAUAAUGAGCUUGCCCUGGCUCUCCAAGAGCAAGACCUGGAGAUGGUAGUAAAGUACUUGGCAGGCUGUGGUCUGCAGAGCUGCCCUAUGCUCUUGUCAAAGGGUUACCCGGAUAUUGGAUGGAACCCAGUUGGAGGAGAAAAGUAUCUGGAUUUCCUGCGCUUUGCUGUGUUUGUGAAUGGAGAGAGUGUGGAGGAGAACGCUAAUGUGGUGGUCCGGCUGCUGAUCAGGAGGCCUGAGUGCUUUGGUCCUGCACUGAGAGGAGAAGGGGGCAAUGGUCUGCUGGCUGCCAUUGAAGAAGCCAUCAAGAUCUCAGAGGACCCUGCAAGAGAUGGACCCACUGUUAAAAAAGACAGACGCUUCCCGAUGUUUGGAGGUGAAGAGCAGCAUGAGGAGAACAGAGUGCACCUAGGAAAUGCCAUCAUGUCAUUUUACUCAGCUCUUAUUGAUCUGCUGGGUCGCUGUGCUCCUGAGAUGCAUUUGAUCCAGGCUGGUAAAGGUGAAGCUUUGAGAAUCAGGGCUAUUCUUCGGUCGCUUGUGCCCAUUGAGGAUCUGGUCGGUGUGAUCAGCUUGUCAGUCCAGAUUCCUGCUUUUGGAAAAGAUAACAGCAUUAUUGAGCCGAAGAUGUCUGCUAGUUUUGUUCCUGAUCAUAAAGCACCAAUGGUCCUGUUCCUGGACAGAGUUUAUGGCAUCGACAAUCAGGACUUCCUAUUGCAUGUACUAGAAGUGGGUUUCCUGCCUGAUAUGAGGGCGGCAGCCUCCUUAGACACAGCUGCAUUCAGCACUACAGAAAUGGCCUUGGCUCUGAACCGUUACCUGUGCUCCGCCGUGCUUCCUCUCAUCACUAAAUGUGCUCCUUUGUUCGCCGGGACGGACCACCGAGCCAUCAUGAUCGACUCCAUGCUUCACACCAUCUACAGGCUGUCUCGAGGACGCUCGCUAACUAAAGCACAAAGAGAUGUUAUUGAGGAAUGCCUCAUGUCUUUGUGCAGGUAUCUGCGCCCUUCCAUGCUCCAGCACCUUCUCAGGCGGCUAGUAUUUGAUGUGCCUAUUCUGAAUGAGUAUGCCAAAAUGCCCCUUAAGCUGCUUACCAAUCAUUAUGAGCGUUGUUGGAAAUAUUAUUGCUUGCCUAAUGGCUGGGCUAACUUUGGCGUAUCAUCAGAAGAGGAGCUUCAUCUGACCCGUAAACUCUUUUGGGGGAUCUUUGAAUCUCUGGCUCACAAGAAAUUCGAUGCAGAGCUGUUCAAAAUCGCCAUGCCUUGUAUAUGUGCGAUCGCUGGUGCAAUUCCUCCUGAUUAUGUGGACGCCAGCUACUCCUCCAAAACCGAAAAAAAGGCUUCUGUUGAUGCUGAAGGGAACUUUGACCCCAAACCUGUUGAUACCACUAACACUAUAAUUCCCGAGAAGUUGGACGGGUUCAUCAACAGAUAUGCAGAAUAUACGCACGACAGAUGGGCUUUUGAAAAAAUUCAAAACAACUGGACAUUUGGUGAGGUGAUGGAUGAAAAUGCCAAGACUCAUCCCAUGCUCAGACCUUACAAAACAUUCUCUGAAAAGGAUAAAGAAAUCUACCGCUGGCCUAUUAAAGAGUCCAUCAAGGCCAUGAUUGCCUGGGAGUGGACACUGGACAAAGCCAGAGAUGGAGAGGAUGAGAAAGUUGAGAAGAAAACAGCCCGUAAGAUCUCACAGACUGCACAGGCAACCUAUGACCCCAGUCAUGGCUAUAGCCCCCAACCUAUUGAUAUCUCAGGCAUGACACUGUCCAGAGAGCUACAGUCCAUGGCAGAGCAGCUCGCAGAAAACUACCACAACACCUGGGGCCGUAAGAAGAAAAUGGAAUUACAAGCAAAAGGAGGAGGUACACACCCUUUGCUUGUGCCUUAUGACACACUGACGGCUAAAGAAAAGGCACGAGAUAGAGAGAAAGCGUAUGAGCUACUCAAGUUUCUGCAGCUCAAUGGAUAUGCUGUGACAAGAGGGCUCAAAGACAUGGAAAGUGACAUUUCAUCUAUCGAGAAGCGUUUUGCGUAUGGCUUCCUACAGAAGCUUCUGAAGUGGAUGGACAUUGCUCAGGAGUUCAUAGCACAUCUUGAGGCGGUUGUGAGCAGCGGUCGUGUGGAAAAGUCACCACAUGAGCAAGAAAUCAAGUUCUUUGCCAAGAUUCUUUUGCCUUUGAUAAAUCAGUAUUUUAAAAACCACUGCCUUUACUUCCUCUCCACACCGGCCAAAAUCCUAGGCAGCGGCGGACACGCCUCAAACAAGGAAAAGGAGAUGAUUGCAAGCAUUUUCUGUAAGAUGUCUGCCCUGGUGCGACACAGAGUGUUUCUCUUUGGCACGGAUGCGCCUGCUAUUGUCAACUGCCUUCAUAUCCUCGCACGUUCGCUUGAUGCCAGGACGGUGAUGAAAUCCGGGCCUGAGAUUGUGAAAGCAGGACUGCGUUUGUUCUUUGAGAGUGCAGCUGAUGACAUUGAAAAGAUGGUGGAGAAUCUCAAACUUGGCAAAGUGUCCAAAGGCAAUCAGCCAGUGAAAGGUGUGUCCCAGAAUAUAAACUACACCACAACGGCUUUGCUUCCUGUCCUCACAUCACUGUUUGACCACAUCGCUCAACACCAAUUCGGAGAUGAUGUUAUCCUGGAUGAUUUGCAGAUGUCCUGCUACCGAAUCAUGUGUAGCAUCUACUCUCUUGGGACUGUAAAAACUCCACAUGCAGAGAGGCAUAGACCAGCCCUUGGAGAAUGUCUCGCUCAUCUCGCUGCAGCAAUGCCUGUUGCCUACCUGGAGCCGCAUCUUAAUGAAUACAAUGCCUUUUCAGUCUACACUACCAAGACACCGAGAGAAAGAGCUAUCCUUGGCCUUCCAAACCAAGUUCAAGAGCUGUGUUUGGACAUUCCUGAGCUUGACGUUUUACUUAAGGAGAUCGGAGACCUGGCUGAAUCGGGAGCUCGAUACACUGAAAUGCCACAUGUGAUUGAGGUCACUCUGCCCAUGCUGUGUAACUAUCUGCCCCGCUGGUGGGAGAGAGGACUGGAGAACUUCCCGGAUCUGGAGGGUAAGCUGUGCACCGACGUCACCUCUGAAUCCCUCAACCAGCUUUUGGGAAGCAUCAUGAAAAUCGUGGUCAACAACUUGGGAAUCGACGAAGCCUCCUGGAUGAAGAGACUUGCAGUGUUCUCCCAACCCAUUGUGAGCCGAGCCAAACCAGAGAUGCUCAAAUCCCACUUCAUCCCCACCAUGGAGAAGCUGAAGAAGCGAACGUCUAAAGUUGUAGCCGAGGAGGAGCAUCUGCGUUUGGAGGGAAAGUCUGAGGGAGAUGAGGAAGAGGGAACCAUCAGAGACGAGUUUGCAGUUCUCUGUAGAGACCUCUAUGCUCUAUAUCCUCUUCUCAUCCGCUAUGUGGAUAACAACAGAGCAAGAUGGCUGACGUUUCGAGACCCAGAUGCUGAGGAGUUGUUCCGCAUGGUGGGAGAGGUCUUCAUCUUCUGGUCAAAAUCUCACAAUUUCAAGCGAGAGGAGCAAAACUUUGUGGUGAUGAACGAAAUCAACAAUAUGUCCUUUCUCACUGCUGACAGUAAGAGCAAGAUGAGCAAGGCUGGAGGGUCGGAUGUGGAGCGUACCAAGAAAAAGAGACGGGGGGAUCGAUACUCUGUGCAAACGUCCCUCAUUGUGGCCGCACUGAAGAAAAUGCUUCCCAUUGGACUUAACAUGUGUUCUCCUGCAGACCAGGAGCUGAUUAAUCUGGCAAAGACACGUUAUUCUCUGAAAGACACAGAUGAGGAGGUCAGAGAGUUCUUGCAAAAUAACCUGCACCUUCAGGGAAAGGUUGAUAACCCAUCUAUGAGGUGGCAGAUGGCACUGUAUAAGGAAAUGGCAGGAAAGGCUGAAGAUGCAGAUGCCCCAGAGAAUGUGGUCAAGAGGGUUCAGGAGGUCUCUGCGGUCCUUUACCACAUUGAAGUGACGGAGCACCCUUUCAAGUCCAAAAAGAUGGUUUGGCACAAACUGCUGUCGAAGCAGCGGCGUAGAGCGGUGGUGGCCUGUUUCAGGAUGACUCCACUUUACAACUUGCCCAGACACAGAGCAUCUAAUAUGUUCCUGGAUGGGUACAAGCGCAACUGGAUAAGAAAUGAAGGCUAUUCCUUUGAGGACAGAAUGAUUGAUGACCUGUCUAAAGCAUUGGAGGAGGAAGAAGAGGAGGAAGAGGAAAAGGAGACAAAGCCAGACCCUCUUCAUCAGCUCAUCCUUCACUUUAGUCGCACAGCACUCACUGAGAAAAGUAAACUGGAUAUAGAUCACCUAUACAUGGCAUAUGCUGAUAUCAUGGCUAAGAGUUGCCACAUGGAUGAAGAGGAUGAGGGUGGAGAGGAGGAGAAUGAGGGUGGAGAGGAGGAGAUGUCCUUUGAGGUGCGACAGACAGAGAUGGAAAAGGAAAUGGAAAAGCAAAGACUGCUCUACCAGCAGUCGCGUCUACACAACCGAGGGGCUGCUGAAAUGGUCCUGCAGAUGAUCAGUGCCUGCAAGGGUGAGACUGGUUGUAUGGUCUCUUCCACCCUAAAACUUGGCAUUUCUAUUUUAAAUGGCGGGAACUGUGAAGUUCAGCAGAAAAUGCUGGACUAUCUGAAAGACAAGAAAGAUGUGGGUUUCUUUCUCAGUGUUCAGGCUUUAAUGCAGACCUGCAGUGUUUUGGACCUGAAUGCCUUUGAGAGGCAGAAUAAAGCUGAGGGUCUAGGUAUGGUGUCAGAAGAGGGUACAAACAUGAAGCUAGAACGGGGUGAGAAGGUCAUGGCUGAUGACGAGUUCACUUGCGACCUCUUCCGCUUUCUCCAGCUCCUCUGUGAGGGUCACAACAAUGACUUCCAAAAUUACCUCAGAACACAGACAGGCAGCACCACCACCAUCAAUGUCAUUAUCUGUACAGUGGAUUACCUGCUUAGACUACAGGAGUCCAUCAGUGAUUUCUACUGGUAUUACUCGGGAAAAGACAUCAUAGAUGAACCAGGAAAGCGAAACUUCUCUAAAGCUAUGACUGUGGCCAAACAGGUUUUCAACAGUCUUACCGAGUAUAUCCAGGGUCCCUGCACAGGAAACCAGCAGUCCCUGGCUCACAGUCGCUUAUGGGAUGCUGUGGUGGGCUUUCUGCACGUGUUUGCUCAUAUGAUGAUGAAACUGGCUCAGGGAAGAGAUUCCAGUCAGAUUGGUCUUCUGAAAGAGUUGUUGGACCUUCAGAAAGACAUGGUGGUCAUGUUAUUGUCCUUGUUGGAGGGUAAUGUUGUAAAUGGCACCAUUGCUCGCCAGAUGGUGGACAUGCUAGUGGAAUCCUCCAGCAAUGUAGAAAUGAUCCUUAAGUUCUUCGACAUGUUCCUCAAGCUGAAGGACAUUGUUGCGUCUGACGCGUUUCGUGACUACGUGACCGACCCUAGAGGUUUGAUAUCCAAGAAAGACUUUCAGAAAUCCAUGGACAGCCAGAAACAGUACACACCUUCAGAGAUCCAAUUCCUAUUGUCAUGCUCUGAGGCUGAUGAGAAUGAGAUGAUCAAUUACGAGGAGUUUGCAAGUCGCUUUCAAGAGCCGGCCAAAGAUAUUGGUUUUAACAUAGCGGUGCUGCUCACCAACCUCUCCGAACAUGUUCCUCACGAUACAAGACUGCAGAACUUCCUCGAACAAGCCGAGAGCGUCCUGAACUAUUUCCGCCCAUUCUUGGGUCGCAUCGAGAUCAUGGGCGCCAGCAGGAAAAUCGAGAGAAUCUACUUCGAGAUCAGCGAGGUGAAUCGCAAGCAGUGGGAAAUGCCUCAAGUCAAAGAAUCGAAGAGACAGUUCAUAUUCGACGUAGUCAAUGAAGGCGGCGAAUCGGAGAAGAUGGAGCUUUUCGUCAACUUCUGCGAGGACACCAUAUUCGAGAUGAACAUCGCGUCGCAGAUUUCAGAACAAGACGAGGAAGAGAAAGAAGAGGAUGAUAUUGAGGAAGCUGAAGGAGGAGAUGCUGGUGAUGAAGAGGGGGGUGGCGAGGAGGGACAACCAGAAUCAAGCUCUGCAUUUGCCGAUUUCAUUCAAAGCAUCAUGAAUUUUCUGGGUAUGUUCACCUUCAGGAAUAUUCGCAGACAGUACCGCAGACUCCGCAAGAUGACCAUUAAGGAGAUCGUGGUAGGGCUUGCUACCUUCAUGUGGACGAUUCUCUUGGGCAUCCUCCAUUUCAUUUACAGUGUUUGUAAAGGCUUCUUCCUCCUCAUCUGGCACACGCUGUUUGGAGGAGGUUUGGUUGAAGGGGCCAAAAACAUGACAGUAACUGAGUUACUAGCCAGCAUGCCAGAUCCCACACAGGACGAGGUGCAUGGGGACUUACCUGGAGAACCGAGGGGAGGAGAGGAACAGGAGACUGGAGGGAUAAUGGACUCGAUGGAUGCUGGAGGGGGAGAGGAAGAGGAUGAGGAUAUCCAGGAGAAAGAUGGUGGAAAGAUUCCUGGUAUAGAUACACCUGGUGGACUUGGAGAUAUGGGUGAUACAACUCCUGUAGAACCGCCGACUCCCGAGGGUACCCCUUUGUUGAAGAGGAAAGCGCAACCAGAUGAAGCAGGACCUGAACAGCCUCCUGCUAUUGAAGAGCCUCCUCCUGAGCCUGAGAAAGCAGACAUUGAGAAUGGUGAGAAGGCUGAGAAGGAAGUGGAGGUCAAGCCUGAGCCGAUACCAGAAGAACCGAAACCUCAGAGAGCCACCAAAGCCAAGAAGGAGAAGAAAUCAGUCAAGGGUGCAGGAUUUGAGCUCUGGAAUGAGCUGGAUGUGCAAAGAAAUAAAUUCAUGAACUGCUUAUCUCGUAACUUCUACAACAUUCGUUUCCUGGCUCUGUUCCUUGCCUUUGCCUUGAACUUCAUUCUUCUCUUCUACAAGGUAUCUGAUACUCCCCCCAGUUCCGAUGAAUUUGAAGGUUCUGGUAUCUUUGAAGGCUCUGGGCUGUUUGAAGGCUCUGCGGAGGAUUUCGAGGGCUCUGGUGGAGAGGAUGGAGGUGAUGAUGAGGAUGAAGAAGGACCUGUGUAUUAUUUUCUGGAAGAAAGCACGGGAUACAUGCAGCCCACUCUGUCCUUCCUGGCCAUUUUGCACACCGUCAUUGCUUUCAUAUCUAUCAUUGGAUACAACUGCCUCAAGAUUCCACUGGUCAUCUUUAAGAGAGAGAAAGAGUUGGCGAGAAAACUGGAGUUUGAUGGUCUUUACAUCACUGAACAGCCGGCAGAUGAUGACAUUAAAGGCCAGUGGGACAGACUGGUGUUAAACACUCCCUCUUUUCCCACCAAUUACUGGGACAAAUUUGUGAAGCGAAAGGUUCUGGAUAAAUAUGGAGAUAUUUAUGGACGAGAGAGAAUCGCAGAGCUGCUGGGUAUGGAUCUGGCAUCUCUGGAUGUCAGCAAACAACAGACAGACAAGAAACCAGAAGAGCCAGACAACUCUAUGCUUGCAUGGUUCACUUCCAUUGACAUCAAGUAUCAGAUCUGGAAAUUUGGAGUUGUGUUCACAGACAAUACUUUCCUCUACCUGGUGUGGUACACAGUGAUGUCCCUUCUUGGACAUUACAACAACUUUUUCUUUGCUUGUCACCUGCUGGACAUCGCAAUGGGUGUCAAGACACUGCGUACAAUUCUUUCCUCCGUCACACACAAUGGAAAACAGCUGAUGAUGACUGUGGGUUUGCUGGCUGUGGUUGUGUACCUCUACACUGUGGUGGCCUUCAACUUCUUCAGGAAGUUCUACAAUAAGAGCGAGGAUGAGGAUGAGCCGGACAUGAAGUGUGACGACAUGAUGACGUGUUAUUUGUUCCACAUGUAUGUGGGUGUACGGGCAGGUGGAGGUAUAGGAGAUGAGAUCGAGGACCCUGCUGGAGAUGAGUAUGAGCUCUAUCGGGUGGUCUUCGACAUCACCUUCUUCUUCUUUGUCAUCGUCAUCCUGCUGGCCAUCAUUCAGGGUCUGAUCAUUGAUGCCUUUGGUGAACUGAGAGACCAGCAGGAGCAAGUGAAAGAGGACAUGGAGACCAAAUGCUUUAUAUGUGGCAUUGGGAGCGACUACUUUGAUACAACGCCCCAUGGCUUUGAGACCCAUACACUUGAGGAACACAACCUGGCCAAUUACAUGUUUUUCCUGAUGUACUUAAUCAACAAGGAUGAAACAGAGCACACUGGCCAGGAAUCAUACGUGUGGAAGAUGUACCAGGAGAGAUGCUGGGAUUUCUUCCCUGCCGGAGACUGCUUCAGAAAGCAAUAUGAAGACCAGCUUGGAUAAAUGUGGCUUUGAUUUGUACGUAGUGCUUUAAACUAACACAUCAGGUAUGAGAUUCGUGUGCCAAAAUCAGAAACGUACUAUUGACCUUAUUCUCCGCAGACGAGCGGGCGCUGCCAUUUGAAUCUUUUUGGCACGAGACUUCCGGUCUCAUUCACUUCCAUUCAUUUUUA